AUGGAACCGAACUUCACCAAAGUUCCGCCGGAGAAUGAGCACAUGCAGGCACCGCAACAGAGCGAGCCCCACCAUCAAAGCACCAGUACAUCUGACGAUUCCUUCUGCGUCGACAAUAGUUUCGACGAACUGCUCCACUACGACUCCUUCGAGUUUGACAUCUCCAGCUUUCCGCCGCCACCUCCGCCAUCAGCCACCGAGAUGGUCGGGUCAUUGGGGGAACCGGCCGAUCCCGCGGUGGGGGAAGCCAUAAGCUUGUCCGUCAGCGAGAUGGGAAUGGCCGGGGCCGGCGAGAUGUCCGGCGGAGAGAGAGGAGCAGAGCGCCGUCAACGGCGCAGAAAAUCCGUCGAAAGGUCGUCCUCGAGGGUGUCGCGUGGGGUUAUGUCGUCUUCUUUGGUGAAGAAGGCCAUGGCCCCUGAGAAGCUCGAAGAGCUUGUUAGGGUUGAUCCCAAGAGAGCGAAAAGAAUUCUUGCAAAUAGGAAAUCUGCUGCUAUAUCAAAGGAGAGAAAAACUCGUUAUAUAAAUGAGUUGGGAAAGGAUGUGCAGAGGCUUCAGAUUGAAGCAAAUACCACUGCCGCAGAAUAUGCCAGCCUUGAGGGAAAAAACACAGAUAAGGCUACUCAGAAUAAAGAGCGUAUAAGGCGCACAGAGGCUACGUUGCAGGAAGCACGACUUAAAGAUGAUCUCGUUAAGGCAAUGAAGAUAGAAUUUGACCGCUUUAAGAUAGAUUUUGGUAUCACUGAUGAUCAUCCCUUUUUUGCUGGGAUGUUCUCUCAAUUUUCUUCCCAGUUACCUCCGCAUAUGGUUCCUAAUCCUCGAUUCCAGAAUCAGGUGCUUCAGCAACCACAGUUCAGCAUGCCUCCUCCUCCGCCGCCGCCGCCGCCAUCUCCACCCCUCUUUGGUGAGCCUUUCGGUGAGGAUCGUCCUCCUCCCCUUGGUGAGCCUUUCGAUGCUGAGGAUUUUGAUCCUGACUUCUCGAACUUUCGAUGA